CUAACUAAUUAACUUUAGAUUUUACUAUUUAGUUCUAUCCGUUCGUGAUUAGCCUGGAGAAUAUUAUUUAUGCUGGUUAACCGUCUUAUGUUUCAUUUGAUUUUUUUUUCGACCAAUCACGUCGAAUGUGUCAUGAAAAUUUCGUAUACGAAUCAUCUACAGUUUCCGUUCUAUGUAAAAUUCCAAAAACAUACAUAACCUUAGUUUUGGGUUUUAUCAGAAAAAUUUAUUGGUUCAAGUUUGUCAUUCGGAGGCGUGUAAAUUAUUAAUGAAUUUCCGUACUCUCUUUUUAUGAAAAUAAUCAGUGUUAACAGGCCUUUUCAUUUGUGAACAAGACAAAUAAAGCAAUAUGGGAAUUCCAGGAUCUAAAAGACAGGAAGCUGGCGAUGAUAUAAUAUCCAAGAAGUCGUUAGAGGCCGUUAAAGAGAGUAUAAAUUUUUUGAAACGUCAUGCAAGAGAGGAAGGACUAUUCCGUAGAGCAGGUCGACGGGAAUUACGAAAACAAAUUUUGGGUGCAUUGACGCGAGGAGAGAAGCCUGAUUUUGAAAAUGCAAGUGGCGCCCUCGAAUGUGCCGCGGCUUUACAACUGUUUCUGAGUCAACUAAAAAGACCCGUUAUGCCUCAGCACGUUCAACAGUUGAUUCUGGCUGAUAACCCUGGCGUGACGGCACACACUGUUGCUAAGGAUGCGUUGGGACUAAUUCGUCAGGACGUCGGAGGUCGUCACGGUGAACUCUUGGCUGACCUUUUGUGUCUCCUACGAUAUCUCACUUUGGCUGCUCCGCCGUCGGAAUGUUCUGAAUUGCAAGGUUCACCGCUGCCUAUCGCUCUGCUGCCUGUGUUUUUUGCGUUAACACCUGCGGAUUUGAACAAAUGGCAACAGGUUGCAACUCGAUUCAGCGAAUUGAUAACUGAAGCCCCAGAACAACUUGGUGUCAAUUCAGAUUUUGACAACGACGUCAUUGACAACGCAAGUGAUAUGGAAACCACAGAUACAGAGGAAUCCGAACAAUUGUCAAGAUUACGGGAAUUCUCAUUGCUUUUUCCUAUUAUAAGACUUGCUGAUGAUCAUAAUGCUCAUCAAGUAGGAGAAAUUGCCAGAGUCUUGGCCGCUCCUCUUCGACGUCCUCGGCUAGCUGGCAGGUUACAUCCUGCCAUCUCGCAUUCUGCUAGAUAAAUCAGUAUUACUUUAUUAAAGAGGAGAUUAAAUAUUUCUUAUAUCGAUGAAGGAACAGCGCUGGAUAAUAAACUGGUAAUUUAUUUAUUUGUUUUUUAUAGAUUAAUAGACGUUUACAAAAUACUGCAUUCGCGACACGUAAAAAUACAAGUCGAACACUGGAAUUAGAAAAACGGUGCUUUGGUUUUUUAAAUAGCUUAACUAUAUUCAUGAUGAUACUUGAACAUUAAAAAAGUUUCAAGUAUAUAAUAAAAUUCGUAAUUCCUUGUAUCCAAGAUUAUUAGAAGUUAUAAAGAUCUUUAACUAAAUAUUUCAAACAAUAUAACAUCAUUUAACAUUUUAAUAUUAGACAGUUAAUUAUUAGCACGUGACAAUAAUAUCUGCAAUGUUAUAAUGUACUUGCCUAAAAAGUAAAACAAGGAAGUGCUUAUAGAGAUACAUUAUAAGUUUAAAAAUAUAUAUCUAUGUUACUCCUAGAGCACGUUAUCUUGUUUUUCUUUGUUCCUUUUUCUAACUAUGGGAUAUAAGCACCAUAUUUUUCAAGAAAUCAUUUGUGCCCACGUACGAGUGUCUGUUCCUCUGAGAAAUGUUAAUACGGUUGAAUAA